AUGUCUGUGCUGGAGUCUGCCGCUCACUUUCAGGCGAGAUGCAAGCUGUUCCGCAUCGGCGAGCCCCUCAUACGUACCUUGACGCGUCUGGGUUUUGAGACUCUUGGGCAGCUCGCUUAUUGCGUGGGCCAACCAGGUCAACAGCUAGCCGAUGAUCAGUGGCAUACUUGGGUCCAAACCUCCAUCCCCGCCGCAUCAGCCGGGGAAGCUGCGAGUGUACGCCGACUCGUCUUCGAGGCGCAAACACUUACCUUGGCAGAUCUCAAGGACCAGGUUACCAACCCCAGUGCCUCUGCCGCCCGACCCCUUGCAGAAGCAGAGCGCGACAAACGCAUGGCUGCUUUAAAGGCCAAGGUUUCCGGUGUGAUCAUAGAAGGUGAUGCGGAGCCCAGCCGGGCCCUGUUGGAAUUGGCCUGCACCAUGAGUUCGCUGGAUGAGAUAAGGUAUAUCGCCCCUGAGAAAUGCACCUCCCGCUUGAGCGAGGUAGCCCUUGCCAAGCCCCUCGCCCGUGUCGUCGAGCUGGAGCAGCAGCGGCUUGUUCUCAAGGACCAGGAGCUCCCGUGUGACGCCCAAGUUCACAACCCCUUGCUCCUCUCUGCAGCAUUCCGUCGUCGAGGACUGGCGCUGGCAUUUGCAGACGUGGUUGAUUUUCUUGCACAUGAAAAAUACGUCAAUGAGCUGAUGCGACACCUGACAAACCCCGACGCCCUGCCAGGGGGUGCUUGCCAGCUGCAUCAAGUUGUCGAGGCUGACCGCUUGGUUCAUGUGUGGAUGCUUGAGAAAGGAAUCCGGCCCCGGCGCAAGAGUGACGGAUCCCGCGCCAUGGAUGACGCUCUCUUUGAAGCGCUCUCGUCGUAUCGCGUUUCCUUCGUCUUGAUCCCUCGUGGAAGCACGGCUGCUGGGAGUGGCGGCGGUCGAGGAAGGAAGCGCAAGAAGACCAAAGAUGACAAGGGCAAGAAGGAUGAUAAAGCUGAGAAGAUUCCCCCUGCGCCCAAGGACCCACCUGCUCGCCCCCCGAAAGGUCCAGGCAAAGGUGCUGCCAACCGUGCGGCUGUCCCCAAGGCCAUUCUCGACAAGGGUGGCAAAGCCCAAACGCCCGAUGGCAAAGCCAUCUGCUACGGGUUCAGCCUUGGGGAGUGCCGGGUGGCCAACUGCCCCCGUGCCCAUGCCAACCUGUUCUGGAAGUUCGCGAACGGGCUAAUCUUUCUCCUGCAUACAGGUCACCUGGCUCUGCAAGUGACCUGCCACCCCAACCCGCCUGCUGUGGCUCUUGACUUACGUGAACAGCCUUCGCCCUGCCAGUGGGUCGUGGACGUGGCUCGUGCGGAGCAUCUUGCCCGUGCCUCUGUCAACAGCCCUUCGCUUGACGCUGCCCGGCGCAUUCUUUGCCUGCUUCCCUCUGAGGUCCCCGCACGGGGCCAAGCGCAUAGCGCCUCUCACUCCUGGACCUGCGGCAUGUGGACCUGGGGUGCCCGUGCGGGCGUUCGCGGCUUCACGAAACGUUUCCCCGCUGUGACACGUUUCUUUUGUGCUCUACUUCGCCAGCACUUCCCUGGCCACGCAUUCACGAAUGCUGCUGUGUUCACAAACCUGCGCGCGGAACCGCACGUUGACUCCUGCAACGUACCUGGUUUCCCCAACCUGCUUCUGCCAAUCAGCCUUUUCCGGGACGGCGACGUCUGGCAAGAAUCUCCAGUUGGCCGUGUUCCGCUGGCAGGGCACGAUGCCCUGGGCAUACGGCUCCGCGUCAGUUUGGGGCCCCAGACCUUAGACGCCAGCCGCCUGCAUGCCACACUCCCUUGGAAAGGCGUUCGGUGUUUGCUUGUGGGAUAUUGCCUUCAGGGUUGGGAGCGGCUGUCCGAGAAGGAACGACAGGAGCUCCUUAGUUUGGGUUUCCUUAACCCCGGUUCCCUAGUCCAGCCUGCCCCUGUGCGGCCCCUCACGCCCCCCACCCCGCCUUUAAUUUUGGAGUUAUUCUCCGGGUCUGGUCGCGUCACUGCGGCCCUGCGUGCACUUGGUUUUGAGGCUGUUGCCAUUGACAAGGUCAAGAGCGUUGGGUGUGCCGCCCCGCCCUGGGUGCUCGAUGUCUCUACGCCAGACGGCCUUGCCCAGCUGCUCCAACUUGUGCAAAACCCGCGCGUCUUGGGGUUGUUCGCCGCUCCGGCUUGUGGCACGUGUUCUCUGGCCCGUGGCAUUCCGUGCUGGGACAGCCAGGGCAAUCCGGUGCCUGUGCCCCGGCCUCUGCGGUCAGACCGUCACGCGGACGGUAUGCCCGACCUCCCCCCCGGUGAUGCUCGCCGUGUGCGCCUUGCAAACGAAAGCUACCUGGCGCUUCGACAGGCCGUGCGCCUGGGUGUGCAGCGUGGCAUCUUGAUUGCUGUGGAGAAUCCGCGGUCAUCCUUGUUUUGGAAGACUUCCUUUUGGCGCGACGUGGCUCCUGCUUUUCGCUAUGUGGAUCACCAGGCGUGCGCCUAUGGUGGCGACCGCCCCAAGUUCACCCGGAUUGCCUACACGCACCCUUCUUUCGAGUCCUUGUGCAAGCUGUGUCCCGGCUGCCCUGCGCAUGCGUCUUGGGGUGUCGACCCCGCGGCCCCCAACGGUUUCGCCGCCAGUCGGGAGACCGCCUACCCUCGUCCCUUGGCUCAUGCCAUUGCGCAGUGCUUCGCGAGUGCCCUUCCCACUGUCGAGCCGCCGGGCCUCCAGCUUCCGGCGUUACGCAGCCUGGCUGGACUUCAACCAAAAGCUAGCAAGGUGCCAGCCUUGGUCCCGGAGUACAAGACCACUUGCGUGGUCCGGGGGCCUGCCGCCAGCCUGGUCCCGCCUUGCCAACCCAUGCAACGCCUCGAGCAGGCUUGGCCGGUGCCUGCGGAUUGUCAAUGCAGCUUGAAGGUCAUACCUCCCUAUGCUCAGUUGCUGCGUCUCAGUCCGGUUAAAAUGGGAAAGCAGGAUGAGGAAACUCGUAGGCAUGUUGAAUUGGCGUGGGGCAUUCCGUGGUCGCCAAGUGAAUUCAUUCAGUGUGCUUGCAAAGCUGUCCACCCUGUGGCCCAAGAAGCACAAUUACCCAGCGAACUUCUUCAAGCCGUCGAAGUGAAUUGCAAUGCGACGACAGCGUCGGCCCUUGAAGGGAAGCGCACAGCUUGGUUUGAAAAAUGGUUCAAACGGUGCUUGGAACUCAGGACAGACGAAUGCAAACUCAAGGAUGGCAUGCAUCCCGACGUCCGAGGCAUCCUUGAACCUAAAAACCUUCUUGUCUGGCGCGAAAUCUUAGAUGACCUCAACUACCCUGACAAAACUGUCAUCGAGGAGGUGAUUUCAGGGACCGUGUUGACUGGUGAAGUUCCGAGUACUGGGCUAUUCAACCCUGUUUUCAAACCCGCGGCAAUGUCCGAGGACUUGUUGCGAGACACCGCCGAUGAGGGCAGGCACAGUGUCUUCCGGAGUGUUAAGUCGCAGGGUGAUUUGCUUGACCAAGAAGUAAAGAAGCAAACCCUUGAAGAACUACAGAAAGGUUGGUUAGAAGGGCCCUUUGAUCCGUCUGAGCUGCCUAACGGCUCAGUAGUUUCUCGCCGGUUCGGGAUCCAGCAAGGGUCAAAGGUACGUCUGAUAGACGACCUCAGUGCAUCGCACGUCAACUCGUGUGUCCAAACAAAUGAGUCUCCAAAGCCCCAUUCCACCGACGUUCUUGCUGCACUUGCCAUUCAGCUCAUGAGGUCCACCAAUGAGCCACUCUUGGGUCGUACCCAUGAUUUGAAAGCAGCAUAUCGACAGCUGGCGGUGUCCCAGAGUUCCGCUUGGUGCUCGUACGUUUGCAUCUGGGACCAUGAGCGUGCCGCCCCCGUGUGCUUCAGGCUCAAAGCGUUGCCUUUCGGCGCGUGCAGAAGCGUUUAUUCGUUUCUGCGCGUAGUGCAUAGCAUCUGGUUCAUAGGGACUGUUGGGUUAAGCCUCCCUUGGGUUUGCUAUUUCGAUGACUUCAUCACGAUUUGUUCGGGCAGCCUCGCACACAGCACUGACGCUACCAUCAAGCGCUUAUUCAAGCUCCUGGGCUGGACACUGUCCAGUGACGGAAAGAAGGACUUGCCGUUCAGGAGGUCUUUCGAAGCUCUUGGCAUCGUCGUCGAUUUAGAGGAGAGCGCGAACAAAGUUGUGAAGUUUGCAAACACCCCAUCCAGGGUGAGCGAACUCUGUGGGUCCAUUGGCGACAUACUCGACGCUGGUUCCCUCAAACAGCCUCUGGCCUUGAGGUUGAGGGGACGCAUGCAGUUUGCUGACAGUCAAUUGUUUGGAAGGUCCGCUAGGAUGUGCCUUAGACAAGUCACCAAGCACGCCUAUAGUGAUGUGUCCGAUACCUUGUGUGAGGAUUGCGUUUUCGCUCUGGACAGGUUCAGGAAGAUGCUUCUGGAGCACAAACCCAGAGUCUUGAACGGAUCUUUGCGGGAAAAAUUCGUCAUCUUCACGGACGCCUGCUUCGACCCAGAGGCAUCGGACUGGGCGUGUGGUAUUGGUGGCCUGCUGUUCUCUGACAGAGGUAAACUCCUAGGUGCCUUUUCCGAGCAACUUGAGCGCUGGCAGAUUGAAGCAUUGACCGAGGGCUUUCGUAAGACGGUCAUUUUUGAAGCUGAACUUUUGGCAGUUAUCGUUUCGCAGCUUGUAUGGGGACACGUCAUCAGACAUGCACCUGUGCUGUGGUUCGUUGAUAACAAUGCCUCCCGCGACAUCGCGAUUUCAGGCUGCACGAGGUCUGACAAUGCACAAGCGCUUCUAAAUGUCUUGCUGGAGAGCGAGGAGCAGUUCGAUGUCAAAGCAUGGUACGCCAGGGUUCCUUCUCCGUCUAACCCUGCUGACCAUCCCUCUCGAACAAAGCUGGAGUCCUACGUUCAUGGUAAGCUUGAGCGGAGCACGAAGCUUGCUGUCAACUUGUUGAUAGCGCCUUCGUGA